AUGUUGCUGAAAGAACAAGAAACUACGACGACGAACGAGAGUAAUGUGGUAUAUAGAAAAAUUAUUCCAAAUCAAAACGUUGAUCUUGUUUUCAAGUAUCCAUAUUCAGCACCAAGUUUAGACACCGAUGAAGCAGAUAUUUAUUCAAUGGCGGUGGUUAUUGUUAAUUAUCUACAUUACUUUCAACACAGGCACACCUUGAAUAGUGAUGAUUCAUUCCAAUCUUGUAUGGAGUACAAGAUUCAAAUGUUGGGCUUUUUGAAUGAUUUUCAAACCAGUUACAAACACAUGUAUGGAGAUGAAAUUGAGCAUCUUGUGUCGUUGCUUAAAUACAUGUUGGCAACAGGAGAAGAAGAGAGACCAGUUCUGAAGAAAAUUAAAGACCAAUUGGAAAAGGUGAAAUCAUUAUGGACUUGCAACAUUUUAACUCGAACACCAUUGAAAAGCAUUCCAAAUCCAAUGACCGUCCAGAGAUAUGCAAAUACCAAUCAUGAAGUUCCAAGCAAGAAAAUGAAAACGCAAAUUAAUAGUCAGGUAGGCGAGGAGGAAAAUCAGUGCCCUAUGGAUCAUCGUAUUGUAAUUUCUUUCAAUAAAUAA